UAAAACUGCUCCACUCCCUCUCUCCCACUCUCGGAAGCUAAGAAAAUUGGUCCGAAUUUGAUCUUCCAACGUUGUCGAUAAAAAACCGGUGCUCCUGAUUCCCGGCAAAAGUUUUACCUUUCCCGGCGAAGAAAGUGGCGGGAAAGCUAAUCGGAGCCAGCGGCGAUGUUGAAGUUGAGACGCCGGCCACAUUUUGUCAACGUUUUCCCCUCUACUUCAAGCGUCAACCGCCUGAAAAUUCCAGUGGGAUUUAACAGAAACUUGGAGGGAAGAACUACUGGGUCAGUUUUGUUAAGAGGACCAAGUGGAUACAGUUGGGUUGUUGAAUUGGUUCGAAAAGAUGACGACUUGUUCUUCGAUGAAGGUUGGGCAGAUUUCGUGAGAGAUCAUAGCGUAGAAUGUGGUGAUUUUUUGGUUUUUAGACAUGAUGGUGACUUGGUUUUCGAUGUUAAAGUUUUUGAUCAAAGCUCUUGCGAGAAAGAAGCUGCUUUUCAUUGUAAAUGCAGUCAAGGUGGUAGUGAAUAUGAUAGAAUUGUAGGGCAGAAGAGAGGUAGGGAGGAUGAAGGUGUUUCACUGGAUCAAGAUUGUGAAGGCUUGGUGAAGAGAACUAGAGAAAGCUCUUCGGAAUUCGAUAGGGAUGUGGGUGAUAAAGAACAUUGCGGGUAUGAGCUGUUACUUGCAACUAAAACAUGUCGAGGAUUAGCUUCAUGUGAUGAAAACCAUGAGGGAACCAUCCUGAAAAAAACUGGCACACAAGAUUUGAAUCUGCAUGGUGGUGGCUGUACACCGAUGGUAGCAGAAUUUGAAGAGAAAAAAGUGGCCCAAUCUUUUAAUUCAAGCUUUCCGUUUUUUGUAAGAAUUAUGAAAAGAUUCAAUGUCAGUGGCUCAUAUACAUUGAAUAUUCCAUAUCAGUUUGCAAUGGAACAUCUCCCAAAGUGCAAGACGGAGAUUGUCCUUCGGAAUCUGAAAGGAGCUUGUUGGACUGUGAAUUCUGUGCCAACAACAAGAGUGCACACAAGUCAUACUUUAUGUGGUGGAUGGCUGGGCUUUGUCCGUAGUAAUGAGAUCAAGGUUGGAGAUAUUUGUAUUUUUGAAUUUGUGCGCAAAUUCGAAUUGCGUGUGCAUAUUCUUCGGGUUGGAGGGGAAGACCCGGACAGGCAAAGUGGAAAAGCAGGAUCUAAUGUGUUAAUUAACAGGUCUGAUGCCACUUUACCAAAAAAAUUUGUAAAAAAAUCUUCAAAGGUCCACUCAAAAUCUAUGAAAAAAGUUCAAAUGUGUGAUAACAAAGGAUUUAAGAUGCUUGACAAAAAAAAAUAUGGUAAUGCAGCAAAGAAGUCUGCCAGUGUUGCGCUCUGCUCUUUGUCAAGAUCAGGCAAUGAAAAGCAAGAAGCAGCUAUUGGUGGUUUGAGAAUGAUGUUGGCACUUGAUGAAGAAAAAGCAGCUCAGUCUUUUGCUUCUGGGUUUCCUAGUUUUGUGAGAAUCAUGAGAAAGUUCAAUGUCGGUGGCUCGUAUACUCUGGAAGUACCAGAAAAGUUUGCUAAGAAUAUCAAGCAAAAGCUUCCGGCAACUGUGACUCUUAAGGGUCCUAGUGGUAUCAUAUGGGAUGUGGGACUGAAAGCAGAUGGUAAUACCUUGUUCUUCGAUUGUGGAUGGAAAAUUUUUGUGGAAGACCAUUCUUUGGUGGAGAAUGACUUGUUGAUCUUCAAAUACAAUGGAAUGUCCCAUUUUGAUGUUCUGAUGUUUGAUGGCCGGAGCUUGUGUGAGAAGGCAGCAUCUUAUUUUGUGAGGAAGUGUGAGCAUACAGAAUAUGACAGCCGAUGCCAAACAAAAAGAAAGAUGAAUGAAACUCCCGUUGAAAUUGUGCACAAUUCUUCACACUGUGGUCUUGAAAGCAGUCCAGAAAAAUCUAUUAACAAUGACAUUGAGACUAGGCCAUCAAGACAACCUAUCACCUCUGCAGCUACAAAUAAGAAAAUGCGAAUUAUGGGUUCUUCUACUAGGUCCGUCCCUGCUAGGAAGAGCCUCAGAGGCAAAGAUCUUACUACUUUUGCUGCAGAAGUGAAGGUUGAAACUGGUGAUUUAGAGUUUGACCAGACAUCAAUGGAUGGAGAUGUCUUUAGCCCCCGGUACACAACUGGUAAAAGGCCUGCGACUCAAGUUGAGAAAGCAAAUGUCUUUCUAAUGGCACAGGAAGCACUAACCAGAGAGGGUUUUAUGGUAGUUAUGAAGCCCACACAUGUAGCAAGACGAUUUUAUAUGGCAAUCCCUACUGCAUGGGUGGCUAAACAUCUCUCAAAACAAAACGAAGAUGUGAUUCUACGUAUUAACAAGCAGACAUGGAAGGCCAGAUUUUAUUAUCACAGGAAUCGUGAUUGUGGAGGGCUUUCUGGUGGUUGGAGGAAUUUUGUUAACGACAAUAACUUGGACGAAGAUGAUGCGUGUGUGUUUGAGCCUGCCGACGUAGGAAACAAACCAAUGAUACUGGAUGUUAGCAUCUUUCGGGUUCUGCAAGCACCAGUUCCUCUAACCCAAGUGCACCCUGCCUUAUACUAAAGGUUGUCCCAAAACGUGCAAUGCAGUCCUGGCAUCAUCUAUAGAUAUAUCUGCUAUAGAUGUCUGAUACACUGUUAAGUUGUAGUUUUGUGAGGCUAGCAAUCUGCAUUUGCUAUUGCCAACGGGAAAACUCGAUCAAGUUGUAAAUUAUAUAUGUACAAAUGGUUAAUGUCCUGUCACACUCUUUAUCUCUUUCCAUUUCCGUAAGAUUUGCUGCUCGACUGAUUUGGUUUAUUGCGGUGUAGCAAACCUCUUGAAUCUCUAGUGGAGCCAUUGGCCCUGUUUGA